UUAUUGCCUCUAGGAGGAAGAAGCUACUGGAUUCGUUAUGGUGUCCUGUCUCUAUGCAUGCUUGGACCCACUACCUACCGAAAGCUUUGCUUUCCUGUCACCAAGAAAGUAAAAACAAGCUCCUCUCGGUUCCUCGCCGAGAUCUAUCCACCAACCUCUUCUGUCUUCUCUUCUCCAGGCGACGGGCGCCGGAGGCCGACGGGGAAGCACAUUGCUUCUGACCGAUCGAUUGGCCCCGCGCGGCUCCGCCCUCCCGUGCUCCGGCGACCCGGCGAGCCGAGCAGCCCGUCGCCGCGCGCACCGGGAUGGGAUCGUUCAGCGGCCACGUGCUGCCGGGGACGCUGUUCCUGGCGGUGGGACUGUGGCGGGUCUGGUCCGCCGUCGCGCGCUUCGCCGCCGACCCGCCGGCGUUCCGCGUCCGCGCGUGGAGCCCCCUCUCCAAGGGGCCCCGUCUCCUGGAGCUCUACGUCGUGGCGGGCGGCGCAUUCCUGGACAUGUGCCUGGAGCUCGGCGGCGGCAUCUUCGCCGGCCGCGGCGGCGGCGGCGGCGUCGAACCGGCCAGCCUCAUCUAUUUCGAGCACGGCGGCAUGCUCCUCACGUUCUUCCUCUUCGGCGCGCUCGCCCUCCUCUCCCAGAAGACCAGGUACCUACCACUGACCGACGGCGAGCUGUGCCUGUUGGCGGCGACUGCGUUCACAUCGGAGUUCCUGCUCUUCUCCUACCACUCCGCCACCCACACGGGGCUGGAAGGCUACUACCACCACCUCCUCGUCAUCCUAAUCGGCCUCUGCAUCCUCGCCACCGUCCUCGGGGCGCUCCUGCCCGCGAGCUUCCCCGCCGACCUCGCCGCCGGCGUGCUCAUCGCGCUGCAGGGGCUGUGGUUCUACCAGACGGCGCUGACGCUGUACGGGCCCAUGCUCCCGGCCGGGUGCGGCCCGGACGGCGGCGGCGUGGACUGCCGCAGCCGCGCCGCCGAGGAGCGCGCCGAGCAGCUGGCCAACCUGCAGCUGUUCGGCCUCGUGUUCCUCGCCUUCGUCUACGUGCUCGGGUGCUACGCCGUCGCCGCGGCGAGGUACGGGCACCCGGACCUCGCGGCGAUGCAUGAGGAGCACGUCGCCGCCCUCGAGUGCCGCGGCGCCGUCGGCGCCCGUGCCGAGGAGUGCGCGAUCUAGUGGCGACCGAUGCCGCCGUUGUUCCUCUAGGAAUUUUUUGUGCCGGUGAUGGUCGGGUACCGGCAUUAAGGAUGCGAUGGCUUCAUCGGCGGCGCUUCGUGGCCGGGCAGCUGUGUUGCUUCGUUCUCAAGACCCGUUGUCCUUUGUGUUGUUCGUGGCGAUGACCGAUGAGGCUAAGAACUUAUAACCAUCUGUUGUGGUGUCCGACGCCUCUAGGUCGUCGAGCUCUGUUUCUCGCUUGGUUGCGUGAUGGCCUCAGUAGUCAGUAGCAAGUGCAAACAUGGUGUGAUGCGUUCUUAGCGCCGUGUAAGUUUGGAGCAAAGAUUGAAAUAAAAGUUUCCUGAUCGAGAAAAUUUUCAAACAGAA